AGUGGGAGGCCCUGGGGCAGACCCUGACAAAGGGGCAGUGAUCGGGUGUGGGCUCAGCAUUGACAGGGACAGGUGAGCCAUGUUGCUACAGCUGCCACUGCUGCUCUUCUUACUGGUGGCCCCGCAGUGGGGGCAUGGCUGCCAAGGGUCAGAGCUGGACCGGGAGCUUGUCCUGGCCAAAGUGAGGAGCCUGUUCCUGGAUGCUUUGGGGCCCCCGGCAGUGACCGGUGAAGGUGGGGACCCUGGAGGCAGGCGUCUGCCCCGAAGACAUGCUGUGGGGGGCAUCAUGCGCAGGCGCUCUGAGCCUGAGGAGGAGGAUGUCUCCCAGGCCAUCCUUUUCCCAACGGCAGGUGUCCGCUGCGAGGGCCAGCCAGCUGCGGGAGAGCCGGCCCAGAAGGCGGAGGAGGGCCUCUUCACAUACAUGUUCCGACCGUCCCAGCACACACGCAGCCGCCAGGUGACUUCGGCCCAGCUGUGGUUCCACACGGGACGGGACAGGCGGGGCACAGCAGCCUCCAACAGCUCUGGGCCCCUGCUGGACUUGCUGGCCCUGUCAUCUGAGGGUCCCAUGGCUGUGCCUGUGUCGCUGGGCCAGGCACCACCUCGCUGGGCUGUGCUACACCUGGCCGCCUCCGCCUUCCCCCUGCUGACCCAUCCGAUCCUGGUACUCCUGCUGCGCUGUCCUCUCUGUUCCUGCUCAGCCCGGCCCGAGACCACGCCCUUUUUGGUGGCCCACACCCGGGCCAAGCCACCCAGUGGAGGAGAGAGAGCCCGGCGCUCCGCUCCCCUGCUGCCCUGGCCUUGGUCGCCCGCUGCACUGCGCCUGCUGCAGAGGCCUCCGGAGGAUCCCGCCGCCCAUGCCCACUGCCACCGAGCCGCCCUCAACAUCUCCUUCCAGGAGCUGGGCUGGGACCACUGGAUCGUACACCCUCCGAGCUUCAUCUUCUACUACUGUCACGGCGGCUGUGGGCUGCCUACCCAGCCGGACCCGUCUCUGCCAGUCCCCGGAGUUCCCCCUACCCCUUUCCAGCCCCCCUCUCUGCUGCCAGGGGCCCAGCCCUGCUGUGCUGCUUACCCGGGGUCCAUGAGGUCCCUCCGUGUCCGCACCACCUCAGACGGGGGCUACUCUUUCAAGUAUGAGACGGUGCCCAACCUUCUCACGCAGCACUGUGCUUGCGUCUGAGGGAGUCCUGCUGGUGGGUGAUCAAGCCCUGCCAUCACCCCUUCUACUUCUCUGCCUGAGGACUCCCCUCCGCCCCACCUCUAUGACAAUAAAGAACCCAGUGCAU